GUAGAUUUUAUGCAUCAGUUAGUAAACAUUUUAAACCAGAGUAUGAACAAGAAAUCGUUGCUAAACUUCCAAACACCGUUAAUAUGUGCAUAGAUUGCGCAAAAAAAAUACACAGCACGUGGAAAUUUCUUCCCUGUUGUGGCACAUUUGCACCCAGCAGUCAUAUUAAUACUCGAGGAAACAGAAGCGUUCUUUUCCAGCAGAUGAACUUCCUCACUUUCUGUCAGUCGGCAGUCAGUGACAGCGGCCUGUAAAAGCACCUCGACAUGCCGUCGCUUAAAGACGCGCUUGAAUCCGGACUGGACUUCAUUGAAUUUCUGGGAGACAGGGUAUCCGGCAUCAGCAAAAAGGAACUUAAAGACAUCUACAACUCCGAAUUCAGGGGCAGAGAAGGAAUAAAAGAUCCCAACUUUUACAAAGUUUUCCUUGCGCUUGUGAAAUUCAACAAAGUCCAAAUAAGGCAGGGACAAGUCUACAUUAAUGCCAGACCUCAGUUUCGCGUGUACUGUGACCAAUGGAGGAGGCCCCGGGCCCCUCAGCCACAGGAUCUGGGCUCUGGCCCUCAGACACCAGCUGGGACACCUGCUGGCUCCUCCACCCCUGUGGCACCUGUGCUGACCCCAAAGAAAAAACUUGCAUCAGAAAUCCUUCGCAAGUUGAAGCUGAACAG